GCUUCCUGCCGGUGCUUCUCCACUGGGGCCCGGGCGGAAACACGCGAGGCCCCCGUCAGCGCUGCCCAUCGCAACGCCGAAGCGACGAGCGGAGGUUACGUUUCUCACCGGACGACUGAUGCCGGGGUUCGGCAGGCUGCGCGGUGAGGCCGGCGGUGCGGGACAGCACUGAGCAAAUCAAGGCUAGCCAGAGAUGGCCUUGGAGCAGACAAGAAGAAAGGACUGGUACCAAAUCCUGGGUGCGCAGCCAUCAGACAGCCCAGCAGAACUGAAGCAGAAGUACCAAAGGCUGGCUUUGUUAUAUCAUCCAGACAAACAGAAGGCAGAUGUGCCAGCAGGAGAAGUGGAGGAGCGUGUGCAGAGGUUCAUCGAAAUUGAUCAAGCGUGGAAAAUUCUAGGGAAUGAAGAGACAAAAAAAGAGUAUGACCUGCAGCAGCGUGAAGAUAAGCUGACAAAAGAAUGGCCAUUACAUGCACAGAUUUAUCUUCAGGAUAUGUCCUGGAUUGAAGAUGAGCAAUGUUACACCCUUUCAUGCCGAUGCGGUGGGAGUUAUGCUGUCUCCAAGAGCGAAAGCAAAGAUGUAUCUUUGGUCUGUUGUGACACAUGUUCACUUGUCAUUGAGAUCCUUCAGUGACUGCUCCAGACAAGCACACUGAGUUACGAACUUUCAAAACAUUGGACAUGCAGGAUAGCAUCUCACAGGACAAACGGGACAACAAGGAUGCUCCGAGAACAAGUUCAGUCUGUCUCAAGAGAGGAAACGUGCCCUUUACUAACAUAUCUUUAAAGACAUAGCAUUUGUUCUUUUUUCUCUUCAACCAAAGGCCUAUUUAUAAAAAACUUCCAGAACCCAACACUAAGUUCUGUACACCUGCAACCUUUCUUUCCCAGCAAACAA